CGUCACACUAACACACUUUAUUUGUUUCGUUUAUAUUCUUUUCUCUCCUUUUGGUUUUUUCUGCUACAGGAGGUUCUUGUUACCCUGUUAUCUCUUGUGCCUUUUUCAGUUAAUUGAUACCCUGAAGAUGAAUGUCAAUAUCCUGAAGAUGAAAAUAGCACAGCGCAGGGUCCAGAAGCCAGUUAAAUCCUCCUUACACAGCAUGAAGUCUACCUCAAUGUCAUCCAUUAGGGGCCGAUUGCUGGAUAGUGUAGAUGCGGCACAACUGAAUCUGGUCAGUGAUCUUAACACGGAGUUCUUCGCCGACUCCUACCAGCUGGUCCAGUUUUUGAGCGAACGCAACGCCAGUCUGGCUGCCAAGUUCAAGUUGUACGUGGACAUCCUCUUCCGACUUCACGGCCACUAUGUCACCGAGGUGACCCAAGCCCAGGUGAUGAAUCAGAAGAUGAAGACGGCGGACGAGAAGCUGCGGCUGGCCCUGCGGACCACGGCCACCUCGGAGUCGAUGAUGGAGCACCUGCGGGAGUCUUUGGAGGAGGCCUGGCGGAACGAGGACACCAUCAAGAAUCGACAGGAGACCUUGCAGAUCCAGCUUACUUCACUCGUGCGCAGUGAACAAACGACCUUUAACAAAUCUGAGCACGAAAAUGCACAAACCAAUCCCAAGGAGCAGCAAAUUCGUGGCUUGGUCUUUCGAGAGCGGGAUCGCCUGGCUGGCGAGCUAAAGGACUACCAGAAGCGACUGCAAACGAAUCGCUUUUACUCCGAAUCGCUGGAGGGUAUGAUAGAGAUUUCAAAAGAAACGAUUGCCAAUCUUAAUAUGCGGGUAAAGAGGGCCGAGCUGGAGAACUAUCGGUUAGAGCACAAGUGCAGUGUGGAACAGGAUAAGAACCAGGAAAGGCUGUUGUGUCUUAACAAGGAGUUGGCGUUGGUUCUGCAGCAAAACCAGGAGCUCCUUACGCUGGAAAAAACAACGGCGCAGGUAGCCGCUGCCAAUGAAGAACUCAAGCAGCGGAAUGAUCGUCUCGUGCGGGAGAACUACAGCAUGUUGAAGGCCCACCGCCAGCAUGAGGAUGAGAAGAACAGGCUGCAGGCGAACCUCAAGGUGGCCGAGGAGUUGAGCAAUGCCCGGAGGCGGGACAACAUUGAUCUUGACUUGGCCCGCCGUGCUGCUGAGCGGGAUGCAAAGAAAAAAGCAGACGAUUCGGUUAUCCUGGAAAGACGUUUCAUACAGCUUGCCAAAAAGAACACGGAGCUUAACGACCAGGAUAUUGUUAAUAGAAAUGAGAUUAAAGUGCAGGAAAAGAAAAUUGCUGUGGCUACUGUCAAGUUGGACGAGGCACUCCACCAGAAGGAAGAAAUAACCCGCUCUCGGGAUAAACUUAGAAUGGAAAUCACGCGUCUUAACGAUGUGGUGUCCGGAGUGCGUCACGAGAUCGCAACUAUACGUCACCAGGUGCAGGAUUUGCAGGACGAUCUACAGCGGGCCAACAAGUCCCUGGAUGAGAAGGAUCUGCGGGUGCAGAAAAUAUCCCGUGAGAAAAAGGAACAAUCGGUGGAACUCAACGAUGCCUACAAGAAGAUCGAUGGCCUCGAGGAUGCACUUAUUAUCAAGACGGAGCGAUUGGAAGCCGUCCAGGCAGAGCUAACGCAGAAACAGCUGGAUUUUUUGAACGCCAAGAAGCAGAUGGAAAUCAUCCAUUCGGAGAAGGUGAUGCUAAUGAAGACGUUGGACAUGUGCUCGCGAGACCGCUCCACGCUACAAAGCACAAUGGCCAAACUGACGCACCAGAUCAACCAGAUGACCACAACGCUGGCCCUUAACGAGAAGGAGAUCUCCACUCUAGGGAACCAGAUCGAGCAGAUGAACCGCGCUAUUAAGCAGAAGCAGAACGAGAUCCAUGCCAAGGAACGAUUGUUGGCCAGCACGCGAUCCGAUCUCCGGGAAAUGAAGAUCCGGUUCGAGCAAUCGCAGCACACCAUCGACUCCGAUGAGAAGCGCUUCAAGACCAUCAAAUGCGCCCUCGAUGAGGUGACGAAGGAGAAGAGCCUGGUGGGCUUGCAGAUGGUCAGGCGAAACGAUGAGGUGCGCCUGCUAAAGGAAAAAGUGUCAAUGAUGCAGAAGGCCAUUGAUCGGGGCACCUCGCAGUACAACCAAAGAGUGGAGGACAUUCGAUUGCUCAAACUGGAGGUCGUUAACCUGCGGAUGUCGCACGAGUGCAUGCAACGCGAGGUGGGCAACAAGGCGGCCAUGCGCCACGAUGUGAUCCGAUUGGAGCGACAGCUCAACCGAGAGAGGCUCAGGGUAUCCGCCUACUCGGAGGAGCUGUCCCGCCCCUGUCGCGUCCAUCGCUGGCGCGUGCUCCAAGGCAAGGAUCCCCGCCGCUUCGACCUAAUCCGCAAGGUGCAAGUCCUGCUGCGCCGAAACAUUCGCCUUUCCGUGCUCCGCGAGAACAUGGCCAAGGAACUGGCCAAUGUGGUACGCAUGCACGAGGACCUCAAGCGCCAGAUUACGUACUUGCCUGAUCCUAGUACGCGAGAGAAGCUUUGCGAUCAGCAGCGCAUCAAUCGACGCCAAACCCGUCAGCUGAAAGCCAUGAAAGCCGAGCUGAGGAUCAAUGAAAUCGAUCUAAAGGCCCGGGAAAACCUAAUAGCAGGCUUCCAAGUACAGCUGCGCCUCCAGCAUCAAAAGAACAAAGGGUUCGUCAUAGGUAGAGCCGAUUGCAAGAAAAACGCACCCAAGACGAUCGACGAAAACUUCAUGGAGCAUUUAUUCGACAUGUCGUCCUCUUCCGAGAUUAUAACCAAAUCAGAUGAGAGAUUGUAGCUCAGUAAUUCUGGUCCUGCAACAAUUAGGGUACCUUUUACUUUUUUAUUAAUUACAGAAAAUAUUUAAAAACCUUAA